AUGCUGCCGCUGAUAUGGAGGCUGUGGUGCCUGGCGCUUCUGAUGCAGGGGAGGACCGCAUCCUCCGCCUUCCUGCCCUUCAGUGCGGAGGGCAUCUUCCGGGCCUUCGGCAACCUCAUCAUGGAGCAAAACCAGGAAGCAAUGGCAAACGAGAGGUUUGACAGUACGGUGGACAUCAGCAAGCUGCCCCCCAACUACCACAAUGAGGAGCAAAAGCAGCGGAAAAUGGGCAACGCCACUGUGUACAGCCACCGGGAAAUCAGCAAGGUGACUGACAACCGUACAGGCGAGAUGAUCUUUUCAGAGAAAACGGUGACUUCUAUUGAACAGGGAGACACCCUUCUGGAGAAGAAGAAGGAGGUGUGUGUGAACGACAAUGAUUGUCAGAAGGGCCAGUUCUGCUCUCGGUCGCUGCUCGCAUCCCAGUGUCAGGAGUGCAAGGCCAAGCUUAUGACUUGCCAAAAAGAUGAGGAAUGCUGCUUGGGAUACCUGUGCGUAUGGGGCAAGUGUGCAGAAGGUGUAAGCCGAGGAGACAGCGGGACCAGAUGUGACCCGAACCGAGAAGCGUGCUCUCCAGGGUUGUGCUGUACCGCCACCAGCUCUUUGUCAUUUCCAGUCUGUGCUCCUUAUCCCAAAGAAGGAGAAGCUUGCCAGGCACCAAGUACUACCUUCUUCGGAUUGAUGGGUUGGGGCAGCCAGGCAGCAUUUGCCAAAUCUGGGAAGUAUUGUCCGUGUGCCCAGGGGUUGCAGUGUAGAAGUAAAAGACACGCGAUUUCCACAUGCGAAAAGCUGGAGGACAGUGCGGACGUCAGCAGUCUCGGCAAACAGCUGCCUGUCUUCCAGCCUCUUCUGACCAACCGGGACAAAGAGGAGGCUUUCUACGAUGACUCUAGACAAGAUGGCCCACUGGCAAUAGUCAGCCUGCCCAGAGGCCCUUAUUAUAUGGAAGAUGCUGGGCUGAGUGAAGAUUAUGAAGAGAAGAGACUGUUGCCGUGGGAGGGGGAUAGGGAUGACCCCAACCGGUCAGAUUUCCAGGAACUUGAGCAUUUGGCUGACCAAAUGGGACAGUACUUUGGACCCGGCUUUUACUAA